AUGGAUGAUCAGAUGAUGGAAGAGCAAAAACUUGUUGAGAAGGCUCUGCUUGGAGAGAUUGAAGGCCUACACGUGAAAAUUAAUGAGCUCCAACAACGAAUGAAACAAGAAGACAUACAUCGUGAAGAGUUGAUCUCAACAAUCAUGAAAUUCCGAAAGAAGGUUGGAGAACAGAAUGAAGAGAUACAGGAUUUGAAAGACCAGGUGCUGAGGUAUCAAGAGGAACUCACAGGUCAAAAAUCCGAAGAAAACAGCAUUGCUAGCAUGGUCAGCCAAAUGCAAGUUAACGUGAACCGAACCUUUGCUGAGUCAGUAGAGCGACAAGUCUCCGCAGUUGAGGUUGAAUAUGCUAGAAAACAAAUGGGUUACCUGCGACAAUUCCUUCCAGAUAAUUUCACAAAGGCUGGAGGUGAUAAUGAUGCUGUGAUCCUAAAUGUGCUAUUUCCACGUCUAGCAGCAAAAGCGAAAUUGCUGACUAAACUCAUGGCCGAUAGGUUUCCCGGAGUACCAGGAGGCACUCGUCGUGAGCACGUCACUAAGUCUCACAAAGCAGAACAGUGGGCCCAUUCGGCAAGGAUUGCCCAUACCAUGAGUGCACUGGUUGCCGUGUGCGGACAGUUUGAAAGGUUAGUACUUUCCUUAGAAGACAACAGUCUGUAAAA